UGUUCAAUUACAAAAAUGCCCUUUAAUGAGCUUUUAAGUUUUAGCUCGCACUGCUGUGGGACAACGGCAGGAAGCAAGAUGAUGACAGUGUGCCACCGCCGAGUGCAGCAACCUUUCAAACCCCGUUCAACCUCCCUCUUCCACUACCACUCAAUCUCCGCAGUCCGUUCUGCCUCCACCGCAGUUGGCGCCGCCGUGGAUCCCUUCACCGACCACCCAUCGCAUCACCACCUCGCCGCCGUGGACUCUAAGUCCACCCUUCUCAAAUCCUACACCGUCACUCCCCCAAUCAAACCCUGGCCCCAACGCCUCUCCCCCAAACGGGUCGUUUCGAUGAUCAGCCGCCAGCAAAACCUCGACCUCGCCCUCCAAAUCUUCGACCACGCCGGAAAAUUCCACCGCAAUUUCGCCCACAAUUACGAAACCUACCUCGCCAUGAUCGAAAAGCUCUCCAAAGCUCGCGCCUUUGAGCCCAUGGAAACCCUAAUAUCCCAGUUACACAAAUCCCAAAUCAAAUGCGGCGAAAACCUAUUCAUCACCGUCAUUCGCAACUACGGCUUCGCGGGUCGACCCAAGCUCGCAAUCCGAACCUUCCUGCGGAUCCCAAGCUUCGGUCUCCAACCCUCGGUGAGGUCCUUCAACACUCUCUUGAACACCUUGGUUCAGAAUAAACGGUUCGAUUUAGUUCAUUUGAUGUUCAAGAACUGUAGAAAAAAGUUUGGUAUUGUUCCUAACGUGUUUACAUGCAACAUACUUGUGAAAGCCCUCUGCAAGAAGAAUGAUAUCGAUGCGGCAAUUAGGGUUUUAGAGGAAAUGCCUGCUAUGGGGUUUAUCCCAAAUGUGGUUACUUAUACUACAAUUUUAGGUGGGUAUGUUUCAAAAGGCGACAUGGUUGGUGCCAGGAGGGUUUUUGGGGAGAUUUUGGACAGAGGGUGGGUGCCUGAUCCCACAACCUAUACCAUUUUGAUGGAUGGGUAUUGUAAAAAAGGGAGGUUUAUGGAUGCUGUGAAGGUAAUGGACGAAAUGGAGGAGAAUAGGGUUGAACCAAAUGAUGUAACCUAUGGGGUUAUAAUUGAAGCAUAUUGUAAAGAGAAGAAGUCGGGGGAAGUCCUUAAUCUGCUUGAUGACAUGCUUGAGAAGAAAUAUAUACCAAGUUCGGCUCUUUGUUGUAGGGUCAUUGAUAUGUUGUGUGAAGAGGGGAAGGUUGAGGUUGCUUGUGAGCUGUGGAAGAAGCUCUUGAAGAAGAAUUGCACUCCCGAUAAUGCGAUUACUAGCACACUUAUACAUUGGCUCUGCAAGGAGGGUAAGGUUUGGGAGGCAAGAAAGCUAUUUGAUGAGUUUGAGAAGGGUUCGAUCCCAAGUACUUUGACGUAUAAUGCACUUAUUGCUGGAAUGUGCGAGGGAGGGGAGUUGCCAGAGGCGGCGAGGUUGUGGGACAACAUGGUGGAGAAGGGGUGUGUUCCUAAUGCUUUUACUUAUAACAUGUUGAUUAAGGGCUUUUGUAAAGUUGGUAAUGCAAGGGAGGGAAUUAGAGUUAUGGAGGAGAUGUUGGAUAACGGGUGUUUGCCGAAUAAGGCGACGUAUGCUAUUUUGCUAGAGGGGCUCUACGGAUUGGGAUUGGAAGGAGAAGUUACAAAUGUUCUUUCAAUGGCAAGCUCAAGAGGAGGAGUUGAUGCUGAAUGUUGGGGUGUUUUUCUCGCCAAGUUUGUUAAUGGUGGCAAUAUCGAUGUUGAGGGAGCUAAAAUUGAUAGAAUAUUAGUUGAGAGUGCUGCUUAGGGAUUCAUCUAUGGGCUUUAACAUAGAGUUAUGGAGGAGAUGUUGGAUAAUGGGUUUUUGUCGAAUAAGUCCAACAUAUUCCAUCUUUACUAGAAGGCCUCUGCGAAUCGGGACUGGAAGCAGAAGUCACAAAUGUUGUUUCAAUGGCAAGUUCAAGAGGAGGAGUUGGUCCUGAUUCUUGGGGUUGUUUUUCUAAGCAAGGUUGUUAGCAAUCUGGAUGUUGGAGGGAGCUAUAAUUGAUAAAAUAUUACUGGAGAGUGCUGGUUGGGGAUUCAUCUAUGGGAUUAUGUUAAGAGCCCAGAUCUUCCUAUAUACUUAUUUUCGGGAAUAGUGGACACAGGAUUGCCAAUAUCCUGUGAAUUGAUGUAAACCCUUUUAGUUUUCAGACUACUAAUAUUGAAAAUUGCCCAAACAGGAUCAGUUGUGAAGUUCUUUUUCUCUGUUGUCAUGGAGAAACCAGUCAAGUACUUGUGGUUGGGGGAACAUGUGUGAACUGGGGCUGUGUUCCUUCCAAAACUCUCCUUGCUGUGAGUGGGCGGAUGCGGGAGCUUCAGGAUGAGCAUCACAUGAAGGCUUUUGGUUUACAGAUUCUGAUGAUAGGUUGCUGCAGCUGGGUAUGAUAGGCAAGGAGUAGCUGAUCAUGCAAAUAAUCUUGCCUCAAAAAUCAGAAGUAACUUGACCAAUUCAUUGAAGGGUCUUGGAGUUGUUAUACUUGAAGGUGUUGGCACAAUUUUGGUACAUUCGUUACUGUCUAAGUUCUCAACAUAGUAUUACAUUUCGACAACACUCAUUCAAUCAGAGACUCCAAGAAGCUGCCUGUCUUCUUAAGAGGAUCCAUCCACAAAGAAUUAUUACAUCUUGGUUCCAAGUGCUACAAAUUUUCUGAUAAUUGUUUCCUCAUUUUUCGGUUAUUUUCUCUGAUAGAAUUGCACUCUAAUGUUAGAGCUCAGGCUGCAGUUCUGUUUGUUCCCUUUUUAUUUUUUUCAUAGGACUACUGUUGAGGUUUUGUCAUGGAGAUACAUAGAUACAACCCCAACGGCAAUAGAUGGUAGACAUGAGUUUUUACUCAACUGAAAUCUUUGGGCAACCUUCCUUUUCAGACCAAAGGAGAAAGAAACCCAAAAUGGUGACCAAUUUUUCCCCUUUUUUCUUUUUAUUCUUUAGCUACGGGAUUGUAAUUUGUUAGAUUUUGUCAAUAAGAAUUUUAAUUAAAUAAAAAUCUUCUUUUCUUACUGUGUUCGAGGAAAAA